AUGUUGGAACACUGAAGCUAUUUAGAAGACUAUGUGGUGGCAUGGAAAAUGUGUGUGAUGGCACAUUCACUGCAAACAUCAGUUCAUAUGGAGAGACCACCAAGUGCUUUUGGCUCCUGGCUUCUUGGCUGCCUCCUCACUCUAGCCUUCCUCCAGCUGCCUGCUCCGGUGUCAGGGGAUGCUGACAAGUCCUACAUGGCUCCACUCGGAGGCACAGCGAAACUGCCUUGCCCUCUCUUGCUCUUGCAAGACACGGUGCUCAGUGAAGUGAGGUGGCAACGGCCCGCACACCCGCCUUGCACCCAGGCUGUUCACGUGCUCAAGGAUGGGAAGGACAGUGAUGAAAAUCUGAUGCCGGAAUAUAAGGGCAGGACGAUGCUGGUGAGAGAUGAUCACAAGAGAACUUACAUUCUACACAUCAGCAAUGUGAGGCUCGAGGACCGAGGGCAGUACCAAUGCCAGUUCCGGGACGGGAACCAGAGUCAAGAAGGCAACGUGACUCUGCAAGUGGCAGUUUCAGGUUCUGAUCCCUUCAUCCAUGUGAAGGGCUAUGAUGCUGGAUGGAUCCAGCUGGUGUGCCGGUCAAUGGGAUGGUUCCCAAAGCCAUGGACCGAGUGGAGAGACACUGAGGGCAGAGUGCUCCAGUCCCUAUCAGAGGCCCACUUCCUGGAUGAAACUGGACUAUUCCAAAUAGCAGUGUCCAGCAGAGUCAGGAACAAUGCUCUGGGAAAUGUGUCUUGCACUGUCCGUAAUGAGAUCCUUGGAAAAGAGAAGAGCACAGCCAUGGUUAUUGGAGCCCCAGCUCCCGGAAGUCUGUCCUCUCCAACCGUGGCUCUCUCUGUGGUCUUGCCUAUCUUGGGGCUCCUCAUCCUUCUUGGCAUUUGGAUAAUCUGUAAACAAAAAAGAUCAAAAGAGAAGCUUCUCUAUGAACAGGUGAUGGAGGUAGAAAAUCUUCUGGAAGACCAUGCCAAAGAAAAAGGAAGACUCCACAAAGCCAUCAAGAAACUCCGGAGUGAACUGAAGCUGAAAAGAACAGCAGCCAAUGCAGGCUGGAGGAGAGCCAGACUGCAUUUUGUGGUGGUGACCUUGGACCCUGACACAGCACAUCCCAAACUCAUUCUGUCUGAGGAUCGGAGAUAUGUGAGACUGGGUGACAAGAAGCGACCUGUCCCUGACAACCCUCAGAGGUUUGAUUUUGUUGUCAGCGUUCUGGGCUCUGAGUACUUCACAACUGGCUGUCACUACUGGGAAGUGUACGUGGGCGAGAAGACCAAAUGGAUCCUUGGAGUGUGUAGCGAUUCUGUGAGCAGGAAAGGGAAGGUCACAGCCUCACCUGCCAAUGGCCAUUGGCUUGUGCGACAGAGCCGUAGGAAUGAGUAUGAAGCUCUCACGUCCCCGCAGACUUCCUUCCGUCUGAAGGAGUCCCCAAAGUGUGUGGGGGUUUUCUUGGACUAUGAAGCAGGAGUUAUCUCCUUCUACAAUGUCACUGACAAGUCCCACAUCUUCACCUUCACCCACAGUUUCUCUGGCCCCCUCCGCCCCUUCUUUGAACCGUGUCUUCAUGACGAGGGGAAAAACACAGCACCUCUAGUCAUUUGUACUGAACUACAGAAAUCGGAUGAAUCGAUUGUCACCAAACAAGAAGAAAAAAGCCAAGCUAAUGGAGACAUGACCCUGACUGUGAACCCAUCCUUACUGUUUCCUCAGGGUUCUGAGCUUUUUCCAGUCAAUGAUACCUGGCACUCUAACCUUGGCCCUGCCCUGCAGGGGCUCAAGGUCCCUUCUUUGUAGUGCUGUGUCCUGUGAUCCACUCCUAUGAGCACCCUGGACUCUAUCUCCUGGCCCAGCACCUGUUUCUUCAGUACUUCAUGUCUUUUGACUCAAAUUCAGACCCUUCUAUAGUUUCUCUUUGUACCACUUCUCCCAAGGCUCAAUUCUGAACACUGCCUUUUUUCCCCCCUAGAGACAAGGCAUUUCCAGUGUCCUGGUGGAUGCCUUCUUGAAAUGAACAAAGCUGAAUCAGUAGAGGUUUAGUAGGAGCCACUGGUUGUACUGCAG